ACGUUGGCUAAAGACUCCCCCGAAACAACAAACCUCUACCGUCGACAUCCGAUUGGGUUUUUAGCUUGAACAGUGAAUUUAUAUAAAAAUGCCGUGUGGUAAGAAUUUUAGAAGGAGGAAGGAAUCUUCAGAUGAGGAAGAGGAGGAUGAUAUAACAGAAGAAGUUCGAAUGAAAAUGGAAGAGGCUAAAGAGCUCCAGAGUUUGAGGAAACGGCAGAGCGGUGUGAGUGUGACCGCCUUAUUGGUUGGAGAGAAACUACCGCCAGAGGCUGAAAUUGAUAAUGAUCCUUUCAAGCUGAAGACUGGAGGAGUUGUAGACAUGAAGAAAGUGAAAGACAGGAAUAGAGACAUGACAGAAGAUGAGACAGACCUCAACCUGGGCACGUCAUUUUCAGCUGAGACUAACAGAAGGGACGAGGAUGCAGACAUGAUGAAAUACAUCGAGACUGAGCUAAAAAAGAAGAAAGGCAUGGUGGAGGCUGAAGAACAAAAAGUGAAAGUGAAAAACGCUGAGGAUCACCUGUAUGAACUGCCCGAGAACAUCCGAGUCAACUCUGCCAAGAAAACAGAGGAAAUGUUGUCCAAUCAGAUGCUGAGCGGCAUCCCCGAAGUUGAUCUCGGCAUCGACGCAAAGAUCAAAAACAUCAUUCAGACAGAGGAGGCCAAAGCCAAGCUUCUGGCUGAACAAAGGAACAAGAAGAAAGACCUUGGCACGUCGUUCGUUCCCACAAACAUCGCUGUUAAUUAUGUCCAACACAAUCGCUUCUAUCACGAGGAUGUGAAUGCACCACAGAGGCACCACAGACACAGAGAGGAGCCCAAAGCGAGACCACUGCGUGUGGGCGACACCGAGAAUCCAGGACCAGAAGCUCCGUCUCCACCAAACCCUCGCAAACGUCCAAACAACGAGAAAGCCACAGAUGACUACCACUACGAGAAGUUUAAGAAGAUGAACCGGAGAUAUUAAUGACCCGCGUUGGUUCUGGAGUUACUCCUCAUGAUACCGUCGAGUUUGAGCCUCAGUGACAACUAAACCAGUUUAACUAAAGCCAAGAAAGGCAGAACUUUCAUGUUGGACCUUGUAAUUAUUGUAUAAAACCAUUAGCUGGUUUCUGUAAACAAAACAAUUCUAUGUAAUGUGAUUGAGUUAAAUCAUUUGAUAAGGAUGUACCAAAAAUGCAGGAAGUGCUUAAAAUUGGAGAUAGCUGUGCUGGAAAUGCUCUGCUGUGAUUGGUCGACAUGUCAGCUGUUCUCAUGGGUACAACCAGACAUUUAUUUAAACUACUUAAUUUUAGAGUAAAACUCUUUAUUUAGCUGACAGUUUGUUUCAUUGCUAAGUUAAACUAAAAAAAUAUAUAUAUAAGGAGUUUGUGUUAAAUUGUAUGCAGAACAUUUACCAUGACCAAAUAUUUGAAGUUAAAGAAUUUUUUUAUUUAUUUUAUUUUUAACAAAUUGGAUAACUAAAAAUGUUUUGGCCUCAAUUCAAGCUCAAUAUUUUUGUUUCAUAUUCUUUUAAGUUUACUGUACACAUUUUGAGAAUCAAAUUUUCUGUGAAAAAUUACAGUUCAUGGCUUAAGCUAUUUUCUGAAAACAGAAAAGCAGCAAGGCAUUUAUCCAAGUGAUUUAUGUAACUAAUUAUAUUAAACACCCUGAUCAUAAUCUAAUGUUAGUUUUUUCCUGCUGCUCCCCUCAGCAGGGAUCAACACAGUGACUGAACUCUUACAGUGGAUGUCAAACCUGCAGCCACAGGAUUUCAGCACAGCCCUACUGGCAGCUGUGACACAGUAAAAGGGACCGGAAAGUUGCGAGUUUGAUUUCCCACCAUUGCCACACGUGGUGUCCCUGAGUACUCCCUAAUGCUUACACAGCUGCCCGCUGCUCCAGUGAUGGGUCAGAUGCAGAGCAGAAAUGACAUCAUUACAGAAACAAUAAUGGCACAGAACUUAACGGGUCACAGCAGAGCAGAUUAUCCCUGUCACUCAUUUUAUGUAACAGUUGAACUAAUCUUUUUAUCUGUACAUUUGGAUUAUUGCUUUUAGCAAAUAAAAGUUCUUGAAUAAAAA